CAGGUGCCAAUAGAUUGUUGUUAUGUUGGUUCUCACAAUUCUGCAUUCUUGCAGCAGGCUUCAUACAUAAUUGGAGGUGUAUAUGUUAAGCCCCAAUAUUUGGAAGGGCUGUAUCAAUACUUAGCAACUGUGUUUGCAGUUGACUUGCACUCGAGAAGCUUCUUACAACUGCUAAGGCCAGCUGGUGUAGAUUUCCGUGCUUUAUGUUUCUGCCAUAAAACAACAAUUGACAUGGGCUAUGUAUGUUCUGUUUGCUUGUCCAUAUUCUGUAAGCAUCACGACAAAUGUUCAACUUGUGGGUUGGUGUUUGGUAAGGCCCAGUCAGAUGCUUCAUCAGAUCACAAGAGAAAGUCCCCAGAGACAUAA